UAGUGGACAAAGUAAGCCAAGUCCUCUUGAGGAGUAUUUAAAAGACUUUGUGACUGAAUACAAACAUCUCAAGGACAAUGGAAUAGUUUUUAAAGACCAGACUUACACUGUCAAUAUUGAUGCUCUGAUAUGUGAUGCCCCAGCAAGGGCAUAUCUGAAAUGUAUCAAGGGUCAUACUGCCUAUGAGAGUUGUGAAAGAUGUGUAAUCAGAGGUACUCGUUUUGAGGGAAGAAUAGUUUUCUGUGAACAGGAAUGCACUUCUCGAACAGAUGACAGUUUCUCCAGAGUGGAAUACAGUAACCACCAAACUGGUAUCAGCCCAUUCAUUGCAGCAGGAAUUCCUUGCGUCAGCUCUUUUGUCCUAGAUUAUAUGCAUGUCGUCUGCUUGGGAGUAGUUAGGCGCCUGCUAAUUUACUUGACUCGUGGACCAAAGAUCUGUCGUUUAUCUGUGAGGCAAAAGGAUGCAAUUUCACAAAAACUAAUUGCACUGAGAGGGAAGAUGCCAAGUGAAUUUGCUCGACAACCGCGGGGUUUGCAUGAAAUUGAUAGGUGGAAAGCCACUGAACUCAGGCAGUUUUUGCUGUACACAGGUCCUGUGGUUUUGAAAACGGUGUUGUCCCCUGAAAAAUACCAACAUUUCUUGUCAUUGACGGUAUCUAUGUCGAUAAUGCUGGAGUCAGAUGAGCGUAUUCGAAAUGCCUAUCUCCAAUACUCUCAGGACCUCAUCAAACACUUUGUAAUGUGCUGUGCUGACCUGUAUGGCAAGACCUUUCCUGUGUACAAUGUACAUGCACUAAUUCAUCUCAAAGAGGAUGCCAGCCAUUUCAACUGUUCCUUGAAUAACAUUUCCUGUUUUCCCUUUGAAAACUACCUACAACAAGUCAAGAAACACGUGAGGAGUGGGAGAAGUCCCUUGGAACAAGUGACUAGGUUUUUUUAUGAAAUCGAGCAAUCAGAAGUGGACAAUAGCCAAAGACACCCUAAAGUGUUUGUCUCUGUUAAAGAAAAGGACAGUUGUUUUCUUUUGAGGGACAACAGUUUUGCUUUUGUUCGACAGAAAAAUGCAGAUGGGUCUUUUGCUUGUGAAAUUCUGCGCCAGCGUCACACUUCACCAUUAUUUCACCAACCGUGUAGCUCUGGACUUCUGAACAUAGUGUGCAUAGGAAAUGAUGUCAGGAUGAAAAAUGCAGUACUGCAAGAAAGGGAUCUGUUCCGGAAGGUGGCCUACCUCCCACAAGAAGCUGGUGGUUCUGUCCUCAUACCCCUUCGCCAUAGUCAGGAACACACACAUUAAGGUCAUGUACACGAGAGCAGUUUGGAGGGAGGGUACCCAAGAGGAGGAGGGUGUAGUUCCUGACAGUUGGAUUGACAGAGAAAAGAAAACUGUCAGAUGGCCACGUAAAAUGAGCGUUACAAAAACAAAAAAAGCAAUAAAGGACAAAAUGAACCCCCAGGAUGAUUGGAUGACAUUCUCAUUAAUAAAGAUAAAAAUUACAUCAGCCAAGUUUUGUAAAAAAAAAAAAAAAAAAA